AUGGAGCAGCGUGCGAACAUUAAAUUAUGUUUUAAAUUGGGUAAAAGUGCCACAGAAACAUUUGAAUUGAUUAAAACUGUUUAUGGUAGUGAAGUACUGUGUCAUAAGAAUGUUUUUAAGUGGUAUGCAAGAUUUCGUGAUGGUAGAGACAGCUUAGAAGAUGAUCCAAGACCAGGUCAUUCAGUAACAGUUCGAAAUGAUGAGAACAUUGAAAAAGUGGCCGAAAUCCUACGAAAUGAUCGUUGUGCCUCCACUCGACUCAUCGAAGAGGUUACUGGCAUACCUAAAUCCACUGUCCAUCUCAUUUUAACUGAAAAUUUAGGAAAAAGGAAAGUCUGUGCUCGCUUUGUACCGCACACAUUGACUGAUGACCAAAAACAUUGCAGAGUGGAACCCUGCAGAGGCAUUCAACAAGCGGCCACUAGGGAUCCAAACUUCAUGGCAAACAUUGCAACUGGUGAUGAAACUUGGUGUUUCAAGUAUGAACCACUCACAAAACGUCAGAGCGCGGAGUGGAAGAGCCCAGAAGAUGCCAAACCAAAAAAAGUGCGCAUGGAAAAAAGCCGAAUCAAGACUCUCCUCACAAUUUUCUUUGAUUCGCAGUGUAUCAUCCAUAAGGAAUUCAUGCCAGAAGGUGAAUCAGUUAAUGCUGCUUACUAUUUGAGUGUUUUGAAGCGUUUAUGGGCGAGAAUUCAUCGAGUUAGACCUAAAUACCAAAACCAAGGGACAUGGACUUUUUUGCAUGACAAUGCGCCAGCACACAAAAGCUUGAUGGUACGUAACGUCUUGGCCAAAAAAAAGUACUGUGGUGCUUGA